GAUAAAAGAUGAAGUUCUAGAGCUUAACUAGAGUGACCUUGCUUCCUAUUAAAACACCGCCAAUUAUCAAUACUACUUCAUCACCCUUUUGGACUACUCUCUCUCUCUCUCUCUCUCUCUCCACUAAAAACAAUGCAUCAACUUACGUCUUAAUCUUCUGUUGUCUUCCUUGUCCCCCUACUCUUCACCUCUUUUCCCAUGUUUUUCUGCUUCUCUCAUCUCUCUUUAUCCUUUUCAUUACCUGCCAAACACUUCCCUUUUGCUCUUCUCUUUUAUUUCUCUCUUUUUUCUUUACCAAAAGUUUAUUUGGCACAUACCCUUGUCAGAUUUUAGCUUGUUUUUAUUACACCUCUUGCUUCCUUGCUUUCCUUGACCUCUGUUUGCUGGGAUUCUUCAUAGGAACAAGUGGAGUGGUGUGCUUUACAGUUGCAGACAAGCAUAUCUUUCUUGGUGACUUAUUGAAUGUUGUGUUUUGCUGUCCUGUAAUGGCAUGGGGUACAUUAUGGCAAUAAUGGAGCUAAUAAAGAAGCAUUUCCUUAACUUUAUCUUGUGAAAUGACAUUGCCAUCCACUAUGUUUUCAAAAAUGACUCCUUUUUCCCUCCAAAUUUUAGUUACUUUAUUUGUUUUCUUCAACCUUUUCACACCAUAUGUGACACAGUCACUAGAAAGCCAAGCCCUACUAGCAUUCAAAAAACAGCUCAAUGACCCUUUACAUUACCUGGAUUCAUGGAAAGAUUCAAACCCUCCUUGUCAAUACUUUGGAGUUACUUGUGACAAAAAAUCGGGGAGAAUCGUCGAGAUCUCGCUUGACAAUAAGUCUUUGUCGGGCCAGAUUUCUCCGUCGAUUUCUGUGCUCCAGAGUUUAAGCUCUCUUGUGCUACCAUCGAAUUUAAUAUCAGGAGUUCUUCCACCAGAGUUGGCGAAUUGCAGCAAUCUCAGAGUUUUGAAUGUCAGUGACAAUAAUAUGAAUGGCGACUUGCCUGAUCUAUCGAAGCUCGUAAAGUUGGAGAUUUUGGAUUUAUCAUCUAAUUACUUUGCUGGAAAGUUUCCAACUUGGGUGGGAAAAUUGACUGGUUUGGUUUCUCUAGGACUUGGUAUGAAUGAUUAUGAUGAGGGUGAAAUACCUGAGAGUAUUGGAAAUCUUAGAAACUUGACUUGGUUGUAUCUUGCUGGAUCUAAUCUGACAGGUGAAAUCCCUGAAUCAAUUUUUGAUCUACAUGCUUUAGAAACAUUGGACAUUUCCACAAACAAGCUUACGGGGAUUUUUCCUAAACAAAUUUCGAAACUACGAAACAUCAACAAGAUUGAGUUGUUCAGUAACAAUUUAACUGGUCAAAUACCACCGGAGUUUGCUACCCUCAACCUCUUGAAGGAGUUUGAUAUUUCAACAAAUCAGAUGUAUGGAACGUUGCCUCCAGAAAUUGGAAAUAUGAAAAAUUUAACAGUUUUUCAGCUCUUUAAGAACAACUUCUCAGGGGAAUUUCCUCGUGGAUUUGGGGAUAUGCACCAUCUGGUUGGUUUAUCCAUAUACAAGAAUGGAUUUUCAGGGGAGUUUCCAGAAAACCUUGGGAAGUUUUCACCUUUAAAUAGUAUAGACAUUUCUGAGAAUAAAUUCACGGGUAAAUUCCCGAAGUUCUUGUGUGCAAAUGGGAAUUUAUGGUACUUGCUUGCUCUGGGCAACAAUUUCUACGGGGAAUUGUCAGAUGAUUAUGCUAAAUGCAAAUCCCUAGUGAGGUUGAGGAUUAACCAGAACCAACUUUCUGGGAAAAUUCCUGAUGGUUUAUGGGCAUUGCCUUACGCAACAAUAAUAGAUUUUAGUGAUAAUAAUUUUAGUGGAGGAAUCUCUCCAAGCAUCGGGGCUUCAAUCCGUUUGAGUGAAUUAGAAUUGAUGAAUAAUAACUUUUCAGGUUAUCUUCCCAAUGAACUUGGCAAACUUGUGCAGCUACAAAAAUUACAUUUGAGCUAUAAUGACUUCUCUGGAGAUAUACCUUCAUCCAUCGGCGCUCUGAACCAAUUAUCUUAUCUGCAUCUGGAACAAAAUUCAUUGACUGGAUCUAUACCGGCGGCUUUGAGUAAAUGUUCUAGGUUGGUUGAGUUAAAUCUUGCUUCAAAUUCUUUAAGUAACAGUAUUCCAGAUUCUUUUACCGGGAUGAGCUCAUUAAACUCGCUGAACCUUUCAAGAAAUAAACUAAUCGGCUCCAUUCCAGAAGGUCUCCAAAAUUUGAAGCUGAGCUCCAUUGAUUUGUCUAACAACCAGCUAUCUGGGAAACUUCCCUCUGAUCUUUUGACAUUGGGAGGAGACCAGGCAUUCAUCGGAAACAAGGAACUUUGCAUCAAUGAGCAAUUAAAGAGCCACUCAAACCAAGGUUUAAAUGUCUGUGAAAAGAAAUAUAGGAGUAUUUCCAAAAAUAAAGGUGUGAUCUUUGUCAUCAUACUACUUGCUUUGAUUUGUAUGCUAAGUGGCCUGUUGGUAUUGAGUUAUCGUAACUUCAAACUCAAAGAAGCUUAUAUUGAAAACAACCUUGAUAAGAAGGUAUCAGAUUCCAAGUGGAUGAUUGAGACUUUCCAUCAAGUCGAAUUUGAUGCUGAGGAUGUCUGUGAUUUGGAUGAAGAUAAUUUAAUAGGCACAGGGAGCACAGGAAAAGUUUAUCGACUUGAUACAAAGAAAGUUGGAGGAUCGGUAGCUGUGAAGCAACUGUGGGAAGGCAAAAUGAAAGUGUUGACAGCAGAAAUGGGAAUUCUUGGAAAGAUAAGGCAUAAAAAUAUAUUGAAGUUGUAUGCGUAUCUAAUGAAAGGGGGUUCAAAUUUUCUUGUGUUCGAGUUCAUGGCGAACGGUAAUCUGUUUCAAGCUUUGCACCGCACUAUUAAAGGUGGAAUACCAGAAUUGGAUUGGAAUCAGAGGUACAAUAUUGCAUUAGGAGUUGCAAGAGGGUUGGCUUAUCUGCAUCACGAUUGUUCACCACCAAUUAUCCACAGAGAUAUUAAAUCUACCAACAUUUUACUUGAUGAGGAUUAUGAACCAAAGAUUGCAGAUUUUGGUGUUGCAAAGGUUGUAGAAGACUCUAUUACAGAUUCAGAAUCCAACUGUUUUGCAGGCACACAUGGUUACAUUGCUCCUGAGCUGGCAUAUACUCUGAAGAUCACCGAAAAGUGUGACGUCUAUAGUUUCGGAGUUGUGUUACUAGAACUUGUGACAGGUAGAAGAGCAAUAGAGGAGGGGACAUACGGAGAGGGGAGAGAUAUAGUGUUUUGGGUUUCAACUCACCUUGACAAUUCCGAACAUGUUUUCGAAGUUCUUGAUCACAAGCUGGCAUCAGACUUUCUCCAAAAUGGGAUGAUCAAGGUCCUGAAGAUUGCAACACUUUGCACCACAAAGCUCCCGAGGUUGCGGCCCGAUAUGAGAGAGGUGGUCAACAUGCUUAUCGAUGCUAAGCCUGUGGGAAAAACCAACAUGAAUCGUAAAGACUCCAUAUAGUAUUGGUUUAAUGCUGGAAAUGCUUCCUGAAUAAAGAUCUUGAAAUCCUCUCAUUUCUAUAGUUCUAGUAGAAGCCAAGUAUAGUGUGUAAUUUGUAGUACCAUUAUGAUGGCAACUAGAAUAAACUGAGUUUGUUUAAAUCAUGGUUGUGAAGUUUUAUAAUCAAAUUGUAAAUUAAGCCUUUUUAAACUUGUAUAAUAUGUAUCAUUAAGCA